AUGAGGCACCCUAUACACGACUUUUCCAACAUCCUCCCUCCUACUCUCAUAUUCGAGUGUUUGGGUGUUCUUGUUUUCCUUACCUUGGACCAUAUACUGAAAAUAAACUCACUAAACGCACCAUUGAAUAUGUUUUCCUUGGGUACAGUUCUCACCACAAAGGUAUUAUCUUCUUCAGAGUAUGUGGAUAUUGAAUUCCAUCCAAUUCUGCCCUCCUCCGCACUUGGGCCCGAAUCGAUCACUCAUACCCCAAACCCAUACUCGCAAACUCACGGCACCUCCAUAAUGUGCACCUUUCCAGCUGCUGCAGUCACAAGCCAUGACCCCUGCCCCGCCACACCCCUUAGUCCACUCCACAACACUUCUUCUACGUCAGCCCAGCCAUUCCUCCAAACUUACUCCCGACGCCCUCACAUACAUCUAUCUUCACUUGUUCCUGCCCCUGUUCCAAUAACUCUGAACCCCACAAUUCCAGCACCUAGGAACCCCUAG